CCGAUUUUACGGGUCCGAUUUUACUCCGAGCCCGAGUCCGUUUCCGAGUCCCGUCAUUAUAACCCUAAACAUGGUUGUUAGAUCCAAUUUACCAAUUUAGAUGCGAAGAUCUGUAAGAUCCGCUAAAAGACUUCUUCUCAAGGGUUUACUUGGUUUCCGAUAAUCAGAGGAAUUACAAGGAAAAUAAAAAGGAAAGGUGAGAUCUGAAGGAAGAAGAAGGGGGAAGCAGAUAACAUGUCUGCGAUUGUUUGCGGUAAGAGAUCUCUGUUCGAGGACUUGGCCGCCGCUUCUCCUCCCGUCUCCAAGAAAAUCCGUUUCUUUUCUUCAUCUUCUCCGGCUCGUUUCUCUCCUCCGAUUACUCCUUCGUCUUCGCUUCUUCUCGAUCACCUCGCCGCGAUCUUCCCCGAUAUGGAUAAGCAGAUUCUUGAGCGGGCAAUCGAGGAAUGUGGAGAUGAUCUUGAAUCAGCCAUUAGAUGUUUGAAUCAGCUUCGUUUAGAAUCUGCCAAUAAGAAUUCAGACUCUGCUACAAACCAAUCUACUUUAACCCAAGCAAAGGUUGAAGCUCAUCCGCAAGGAUCAGCCAAGGAGGAAGUUUUAUCGAAUGGAGAACCAAAUGUCUUGAACUUGAAUGGCACUGAGUGGGUUGAGCUGUUUGUUAGGGAAAUGAUGAAUGCUUCUGACAUGAAGGACGCCAAAGACCGUGCUUCGAGAGCAUUGGAAGCUUUGGAGAAGUCCAUCAAUGCUCGUGCUAGUGCUGAAGCAAUGCAAAGUCUCCAACAGCAGGAAAACUUGAUGCUAAGGAAGCAAUUAGAGGCCAUUCUCCAGGAAAACAGCCUACUUAAACGAGCUGUGGUGACUCAACAGAAGCGACAGAAAGAAUCUGAAGACCAAAGUCAGGAAUUGCAGCAUUUGAGGCAGCUAGUUACUCAAUACCAGGAGCAAUUGAGGACUCUAGAGGUAAACAACUAUGCUCUGACGCUUCAUCUGAAACAAGCACAGCAGAACAGUUCCAUCCCGGGGCGGUACCAUCCAGACGUCUUCUAAUGCUUUGUGAGGAGAACGCUGAAGCACUAAUAUAUCUCUUUUUUCGUUUGCAGUGUAUGUUUAUUCUCUGUUGGUUUGUGACUAUUAAUAUAUAUAUGAAGUCUGGAAUGAUUGAUGAAUGGUUAGAGCUGGGAACAGCAGUGUCUGCGAAGACAACUUUUUUUUUUUU